AUGCGCCCCAAGCUCCCCGCCGCCCUCCUCCCACUCCUCCUCAGCUCUACAACCCUCGCAGCAGACCUGAAAGAGACGAAACCAUGUACCGUCUACAACCCCUCCAAUGGGAAUACCUACGACCUCAACACUAUCACAGUCCAACCCUUGAUAGAUCACAAGAAAGCGCACAAAGAUGACCGGAUAGAAAGCUGGCAUGCCCGAGGUUACGACUAUGAUACCAACUUCACCAUGAAUUUCUGCGCGCCAGUCAUUGAGGCUAUGGAGGAUGUUGUAGGGGUAGAAGAGCCACUUUGGAAGAACGUUAGUGCGUUCUACACAGUUGGGAAGAAGACAUAUUCGAUGGGGCAAGCAUCGACAGAGCCAUUUUUCCGUGGCCGCAAACUCGUCCUGAAUUACACUGACGGCUCACCCUGCGAGUCAAACUCUGACCGCCUUCUCCCACGCAAGCUGAACGUCCCAGACGACGACGACGAUGAUGAUGAUGAAGAUGAUUGGGACGAUGACCGCAAAGGUCACAAGGGCUCUAAAACCAAAGAACCAGUCCGACGGAAGUCAACGCUAAUCUCGUUCACCUGCGAUCGAGAUUCGCUUGCGCCAAAAGUGCAUCUCUCGUUCAUAGGCUCCGACCCAGACGAGUGCACGUUCUUCUUUGAAGCGCGCUCAAUGGCUGCUUGUGGAGGUGUCAGUGAAGCGCAACAAACGCUGGGCCCGGGUGGUGUAUUCGGGGUUAUUGCCUUAAUUGCGGCGGCCGUUUAUCUCCUAGGUGGUAUCGCUUACCAGCGCACGGUCAUGCAUCAGAGGGGUUGGCGGCAGUUGCCCAAUUACACUCUAUGGGCUGGAAUGUUUGGUUUCAUUUCCGACAUUUUCGUCAUCCUAACCUCCUCCUGCGCACGCUUCAUCCCCCGCCGCCGAGGCUACAACCAGCUGCCCACAAGCAGUCGUGGUCGAGACGCCGAAGCGAAUGGCUUGAUGGAUCAGUACGACGAUGACCUUUAA